AAUCAUGGUGGAUAUUAAGCUCACUUGCUAUCUUGUUCGAGAGAUUGAAGCUAAUUCUGAGAAAUUUUAUGUUGAUAUUAAUUCAGAUAAAACUGUUUACGAGCUUCAAAAGAAAAUUAAGGAAACAAAAGACGGAAUCUUUUCUAAUGUUAGGGCCCAAGAUUUACAACUUUCAAUGAUACGAGAUGAUGCGAAUGAGGAUGUCGAGAAUCUCAUGGAUAAGCUUAGCAAAUUCUGGGAGUGA